AUGUUGGUGAAGCUGGUGCCACAGAUGAACAAUGGGAAUCUGCAACAGGCCACGGCUGAGUUGGUGGGCAACGCCGUGCGGCUUUGUCAGGAGCAGGUCAUGGGCUGCGUGAAGCUGUUGAUACAGGCGCUGGUCAGCAAGCAGAGCCCCGAGCUGGCGCUGGAUGCGGCCUGGGCGCUGAAUGAGAUGGCGCACAAGAAUCCCUUGGUUGCUGGAUGGAUCCGCGAAGUUGGAGGGCUACAGGCACUCCAGGAGUCAGUGGUCGUAUAUGCAUCGCAUACGGAGCAUGUGAACUGCUGCACCUGGUUGGUCCGCAUGAUUGGAGGAGCUUCAGGUUUGCUGCAGCUUCUCAGUACAGAGCCAUGCAGACCGGAGGUUGUCGUGGCAGUUUUGCAGGUUCUGCGCAAGGACUCAGGGUGCUGGAGGAACAGCGCAGGGCCUUUGGAUGAGGCCCCGCAGCUGCUGCGCAGCGUGGCCCAGCGCCUGGCGCAGCUCAGCAUCCCGGAGCUCUUGCAGGAUGCCACUACGGUGCUCCAGGAGAUGGCAGUGGAGCCUUUGCUGGGCCACGAGCUUCUGAAAAUGGGCGGUGCACAGCUCAUGUCUGUAACGUUGCAGAUGGCGGUACGCUGUCAGGACACUUCGACCGCUGAGAGUUGCUGCAAGAUCUUGUCGGCGUUGACGAAGGUCGGCCGAGUCGAUUGUGAGCAUUUGCUGAGAAGCGGCGAUCUCCUCUCUUCGCUGCAAGCGGCUGCGCAGAUGGGUUCAGGCGGGCAACUCGAAGAGGACGUGGGGCAAAGUCUGGGUUUUAUCCUGGGCCUUCCAGAGGCCCUUCAGCUCUUCGAUCGCGUUGGACAGCGUGGAGUCCGUGGAGUGUUGCUGACCAUCAAAGAGCUCUGCACUACGGAGGACUUAGAAGCCAUCAGGCAGUUGCCAGCAAUCAUGGGAGAGCUCCUGCAGCUGCAGAAGAAGUCGCCCCGCAACGCGAUUUUUCUUUCUGCUCUGCUGCAAGCUCUUGGCGCUUGUUGUUCCAGUUUAGCGCCCCACUGCAAUCCUGGAGAUUGUGCUCCGCUGGAUGAGACCAUCAAAAUGUUGGUUUCUCGGUUGUAUGAACCUGUGCAAAUUCCAGAGGAGGGGUGGGGCUACUUCUGCAGAGACGAAGUUGAAGCCAUCUUCGACCCACUAGGCAAGGUGACCUUGGCCAAAGAUGCCUGGAGAGAUGUGCUGCUGAAGCAUGGGGCCAAAGAAGCAGCCUCGCAACGCAUCAGCGAGCUGGUGGGCGAUCGGCGACUGGAGAAGUACUGCGUGUGGUUCCUGGCCGCGCUGGCUGGGAUGCCCUUCGUAGUGCAGGAGCUUCAACGACAUUUGCAGAGGGAUGCAGUGGUUGAUGCCUGCAUGUGCGCCAUUAUUGACAUCCUGGAUGAUGACUUGGAAUGUGAUUGGCUGUUGAGUGGUAGGACCCUCAUGGUUUCUCAGCAAGAAGUUCCAGGAAUGUUGGAACUGAUGGCCCAAGCAAUGCUGGCCCAUCCACAGGAUGCCCUUUUGCAGAGUCGUGGGUGCCACUGCCUGGCUCUUCUCAUGAGAAUGGUACAGCACGUGGGAGACUUGAAUCAGGCCUGUUUGACUAUCAUCAUGAAGACAGUCCUGAAAGCCUACGACAGUCACUAUGAGCACCAAAGUGCAGUGCGUGACGUCAGCUUUUUACUCCGCAGUCUGCUGGAACCCCGUCACGGUCAAGACCCCCAAGCCGAGUGGGCGCAAAAGCAGCUUGCGCAGCAUUUGCAACAGGAGGGCACUCACAGGCAACUGGAAAGCAGCACCAAGCACUUCUGUGGAUUCGUUGAUGCUUGCAGAUUUGCCGAGCUCUUCGAGAAUACCUUAGCAUGCAUCGUGCUGUUGAAUGGAGCUGGGCGCAUGCUGAACUUUCUCAAAGAGAGUGCUGACUUGCAAGGUCAUCCAACUUUGUGCGCGGCCGGCAUGAAGGCUCUUUUCGAACUUGGGAGUUCCAGGAGUUCGGUACUGAGUGAAGCAAAUGGCAUUCUUCUGGAUGGCGGCAUUGUCGCGCAGGGAUGUCAAGGGGUCCAAGCUGCUUUGCGGCAGUUGGUACGUCAUCCAGAUGAGGCCUUGAAGCAAGCGGCUGUGCUGUUGGAUGGCCUUUGCGUGGCUGGGCGAACGAUGCACAUGCUUGAAACGCUCCUGAUCUCCCCUUCAGUGCAAGAGGAGAAGCCUGGAGCCAGGACGCAAGAGCUGAAGGACAAUGUGACCCGAUGUUUAAUCUAGAAAUCCAGGUAUUUGAACUUGGCUGCAGCGCCGUGUACCUGCAGUCAUCUCAUUCAUCUCAUGUGAUUCGCAUCCCAGAAGCGGUUGCGCACCAGCUGAGGCUCCAAUUGGCAGAAA